CGCGUCCGCCAGCAUAGCGCCACGUGCAUCCCCCCGUCCGUCACCAUUUCGAAAGGCUUCGCUACAAAUGAAAACACGAAGCGACCCACCAUAGUCAUCUAUCCCACUGUGUCCCCGGAGACGGUGAUCAUACCGAUUGUGUCCUGCAUCAUUGGCUUCCCCAUCCUGGCGCUGCUGGUGAUAUGCUGCCUGCGGCGGCGGGCCAAGCUGGCAAGGGACCGGGACCGGCGCCGCAACAUCGACCUACAGGAUCACGCAGUCAGUCUGGUGCGAAUUAAUGCCAUACAUAGGUUCAAUUACAAUGCCCCGCGAGCUGUCAGUUUGUGUUCUGAGAGAAGUAUAAGCCACAGCAUACCCUCGCUGGAGCUGGACACGAUCCUUGAAGAGACGUUCUGUUCGGUGGAAGUGUAGCUGAAGGUCACGGCGUCUCCACUGGCAUAAUGGUGUGGCUAACGUACGCAUCUCCUCUUCUUCCCAUUCACCUCCGUUUGGCUGUGUUCUUAGUGAAUGUGCAUUAUCACGCGGUUCUUCAUCCACAUACACCAACCACACCUUCCCGGCAAAACCAUCCAUUAAUAGUAUAACGAAAGUUAAAUAUGCUCAUCUAUCCAUGCGUCGGAUCUGACCGAUGGGAGCGUCGCUGGAGCCAUCGAAGAAGAAUGCUCACACAGUGGAGCUCAUGCAGUCAGCACCUCCCGUUAGCCGUCGCCAGCAUAUCAUCUAACGGCUUCAACCAUCCAGGGUAGAUGUAGUGUUUUUAGAGAUGAACAAAUAGGACUCAAUGUUUUUAGAAAGUUUACCCACUUCCAGCCACAUCCCUCAUAUCGCAACCGUGUACGAUGGUGUAGUGCACAGUCACCAAGAUCUUCAUCCAUUCUGCAACGUGUAACAAUCCUCGAACGCUUUAAAAGUAACCGACAACCGUGAGGUGUAGUGUUAGAUGGCUAGAAUAUAUAAGGCAAGCUAAUUGGGCGUAGCAUAUAUAACCGGCGUAUUACGGUGCUACCGGUGAAUAAGAACCACACUGUUUUUCCCCCAUCUACCCCCUUAAACAGCCUUCUUCAAACAGCCUAGCUGAGAGUAGUGGUGUACUAGUAGAAGAAGUUAGGGCUCAGUACCACACAUACUCACACACACACACCAAAUCCUAACGACCUUACCUUUUUCCAGAAACCCAGCUGUGAACGGUAUGGAAUGGCUUUACUCCAAACCUAAACUUUUGAAUGCUUUAAAAACUCAUCAAAACGUCUCGCUCCAUCAAAGUCCUCCAAAGUGGUAGAAUUAAAAUGGGUAGAUAUUUAUGUGAAGCUGUCCUGUCACUGCUGCUCCCGAUAGUAUCCUGACAACACAUUAUCGAACGAAAAAAAAACACACACACACAUAAACACUCAUAUAUUAAAGUCGGAGGACACUCGCACAAAACUAUACACCAUUCCAAUUCAGAAGCAUAUCAGGAGUUUGUGAGAAGUUGCUACGAAACUUUUGGACUUUCAUAUAACGCUCCUCCCCUGCAGACCGAACGAUACUAUAUCAUCGUUCUAUAGCGCACAACAGACACACAAAAAAUACAAAAAUCCCCGUGAGAGCUUUUAUACACCAUCCAGUGGAUGUGCAAAUUAUCCUUAAUGGAAACAACAUCCUCAACACGCUACACCUACCCGCCAAUGAUAACGAGUGGCUACGAAGUAUGAAUUUACAGGUGAAAGAAGAAAAGGUUCUCACACUUUCGGGACGGUUGUUGUUAUUGGUGUAGGUAUUUAGCAGCAAGGUGGAUGGUUUGGUUUGUGUUUAGAAAUUGGAUCUUGUUUGAAUAUACAACAUAAAAGCACCAACAUAAGCGGAGAGCCAGGCAGGACGUAAUGGUACUCCAAGUUCCAACCAAACUGCCCGACUCUGCUUCUGUGUUAUGGUAGAACUGGAUGCACAAAACUAGCAUACUAGAGCCCUUGGGUUAUAAUUUAGAGAAACGAAAUAUAAAACAAAACUAUCCAUCCACAGCUAUUCAGCGCCCUCCCAGCAAAACAACGGAAAAAUGGAAACAAAACAGUGAAACAUAUCGAAUGCUUCUGAUUUCAAUUUUUGAUUGUAUUGUUUUUUCAUCCUCCUGCACUUGUUGAUCACAAUUGUUCGAUAACAACCAUAGAGAUUGCGUUCAUCCCCAUUAUAAAAUUCCUCAAAACAACAAAGCCCUCCCUAAACCGCCCAUCCUUCAUUGCGUUAUCGCACAGUGACGAGAUACAGAGAAAAAUAAAGGUAUGUGAUUUGUGUAAAGUUG